AUGGAGCUUACUGCUAGUGUAGCCAAAAUAAUUUGGUGGAAGGAAAGUUUGCAAGUUAACAAAUACUAUCAUGCUCUUUUUGAGCAAAAUAAUAAAGAGAUAUUUUGGGUCUCAACUAUCACAAGAUCUGUCUUCAGUACAGUUGUCGUGUUAACUUUGACAAACUAUCACUAUGUAUUUACAUUGGCAGUAGAUUUUGAAAAUAGAAGUCUCAGUUAUGGUUCAGCAAAAACAAUCAUGACCAAUAAACUUGCAAGUCAUUCCUAG